AUGGACAGUGAAGAGAUACUUUCUAUACAAUAUGAUCAAGAUGUAUACUACAAAAUAGAUGAAAUUUCUAGGCACAUUACCCAAACGAUAGACUUCUGUAAACAAAAAGCUGGCGAACUGAAGUCUCAGGGUGAUUCUUACUCUCAUGUUAAGUUUUUUGCAUACUUAAAUGGAUUACUAGAUCAACGCUCGCACGAUCUCCUUUCUACCAUAGAUAGGAAAAAAUCAGACCUUUUAGUGAGAAACCAAGAAGGAUUGCCUAUUGUAGACAUUCAUGAAGAAGUUGAUGAAAAUGGCAAAAUAAUACAUUCAGAUGUAAAGCCUCAAAAUAUUUCUUCUGUUACAGACUAUGCUGAUGUAAUACGAAGUAUUCCAGGGUUUGAUAAUUCUAAAGGGACAGCAACAACGCCUUCUAAACCUUCUGCUACUGAACUACCAGAAACAAGGAUUGAGGAAUUGCCAGUCGAAGGGACCGCAGCCAGUGAACCAUCAAACCCUGAUGUACAAGUAGCCGCAAAGAAUGACAGUGAAUCCAGAAAUAGAGAAAACACGUCUCAAACUGGGCAGCAAUUAAAGCCAGAUCGCAUAGAAGAGAAUUCAUCUCCGGCAGUAAUUAAAAACAUUCAUACAUCUCAAAAGGUGGAAAAGAAACCUGAAAAUAAGCGAGAUGGACAGAAAAAUAAAUCUGUUUUCAAAAAAGGGUUUCUUUCUAAUGCCAAAAGCGAAUCUCGAGAUCAUUCCAAAAAGGCCAAAGAAGAAGAAUUGAAGAAACAGAGCCAAUCUGAAGAAAAGAAGCGGAUAGACGUUACUGACAAUAAUGCCGUUAUGGAAAAUGUGAUGGAAAAGCCUCCCCAAGAAUUGAAGAACCAAAAACAGUUGGAUUCGGAGUCAUCUACGAAUUCGAAACCACCAAAAAAACUAUCAAAAUUUAAAGAAGCAAAACUUCAAAAAGUUUCCCAGAAAAAACAAUCUUAUUCGGGUAAUGCAACGAACGAAUCCAUAGAAUUUACUAAAGAUGGUGCAUAUUCUUCCGAGUCUACUAAAAAGUCCGACAUCCCACACAUUAAAGAGGGACCGAAGGAAAUAAAUGGUUCCUUAAAUCAAGCUUCAACGUCUACUGAAAGCGACACUGCCACAGAUCUUGGCGACCAUAAUCCGAUUAUAUUACCUGUACCAAGGGAUGCCGAUGGACAGAGUGUAAUGCAGGCCGUCCAAUAUGAUGAACUGAAUUCGUUAGAUGACAUGGAGCAGCUCCUUCAGGAUAUGGAGGAUGCUGGCGAAUUACAAUCUGAUGCUGAGUCGGGCUCAGAAGAAGACGAGCACGGCAUGAGGUUAAAUUUUUCUCGGAACUUAGUACCUCCUUCAAAUCCAAAUUAUUUUGGUGAAAAUAACUCAGUAACUUCAAAUGGGGAUUUUAAAUCAAACGAGCAUACCAAGGAUAAUUUAACCACAGACGAAACGGAACUCUCUGGAAGACAUGUGCAUUUUGCUGAUACAUUAGAAAUUAAACAUGUCAGUCGAAAUGGAAAAUCACGUAUUGAAAAUGUCCCUACCCCUACAGAAGAAUACGACAACAUGUUUGAGCCUCAAGAGUAUUGCAGUCGCAUAUCAGCGUUUCGCAAGGAUCGAAGUAAAACGAAAACUCAAGAAAAAGAUAAAGGUAUAGAAUCUCCUAACGAAGUGCGUAAAGAAAACAAAACACCACCUUAUCGUGAAAGUGUUUUGGAGCGCUCCUCAUCAGAUAAUGAAGAAAAACCGUCCAUUGUGCAAAACGAAGAAAAUAUGGUGGAGAAGUAUUUGAAUGAAACCCCUACUAUGAAAUCCAACGUCUUUGAAAGGCAGCCCGCUAGGAGUGUUGAGCAAGCGAAAGAGGAUUUUGAGGAUCAUCAGGAUCUCAUAAAGGACGGGAGAGAAAUUUCCCAACGAUACUACGAACUUCGCCGAAAGGUACUUAAUCCAACAUUAGAGGAUACUGAUGAGGAGGAGGAGGGUGUUGUACCGGUGGACGAGAACGGAAAUGAAAAACCCAAGCUGAGUAGAUUUAUGGCCGCUCGUUUAGGCGGCAAUUUAUGA